AGAUAAACUUGACCUCGAAAAGCGAUCACCGCAGAUCAUUUGCAAGUACAGUCCGACAUGCACAAGGAUCUGCUCAAUGGUCGACUUCUGUUCGCGAUCCCGAAGAAAGGACGAUUGCACGAAAAAUGUCUCGAGUUACUAUCCGGCGCCGACAUACAAUUCCGAAGACCCAACAGGCUUGACGUUUGCCUAGUGAUGAAUCACCCAAUAGCUCUCGUAUUCCUUCCAGCAGCGGAUAUACCAUCAUUCGUUGGAAACGGCGACGUUGACCUUGGAAUUACGGGCCACGAUGUCAUCCUUGAGGCCGAGAUGCAAGAUCAGGUCACCGAAAUUCAUCGUCUCGGGUUUGGAAAGUGCGCUUUGCAAGUUCAAACGCCAGAGAAUGGGCCGUUUAAAUCAGUUGAAGAUCUUGCUGGGAAACGCGUUGUUACAAGUUUUGAAAUCCUUGCGGGGGCGUACUUUGCCAAGAUCGAUGAGCAAUUGAACCUCACUGGUGAUAACAAAACGAAGAUCCAAUAUGUAGGAGGAAGUGUAGAGGCAGCUUGUGCUCUCGGACUCGCGGAUGGUAUAGUUGAUCUCGUUGGUAUGUUUUCGUCUCAUGCGGACGUGGAAAGAUCUGACAAUAUUUCAGAGUCCGGAGAUACAAUGCGAGCAGUCGGUUUGCACGCUGUCGCGACAGUACUGCAGACAGAAGCAGUACUCAUAAAAUCAAACGUUCCUCAUCGCGCCCAUCAUGCACCCUUGAUCGAUCUCAUCUCCUAGCCGAAUAGCCGGAGUUAUAGCUGCCGGAAAAUAUGUUGUCUGCGAAUAUAACAUCCGUAGAGAUUCUCUACCUCAAGCAACAGUUAUCACUCCCGGACGAAGAGCGCCUACGAUCAGUCCUCUCGAGGAAGAAGGUUGGGUUGCGGUCAGUAGUAUGGUUGAGAAGAAGAACAUUGCAACCUGCCAUGGAUGAACUGGUGAAGAUUGGUGCGGAGGAUAUACUGGUUUUCAAUCUAGAUAAUUGCAGAGUAUGAUGGCAUCAGCUUCAGUAUAGAUUCGUUGCUUUA